UGCUCUCCCGGUCGUUUUUGCAGCAAUUGCUGCGAAGUCUCGCCCGGCGGCCGCGUGGCUCGGUCACCUCCAGCCGGGCGACCCCUCCGCCGCUUCCUUUGCAAAGCUCGGGCUCGCUGGCAUGGUUUUCCUCACUUUCCCGCUUUGGCUCCGCAGCCGGGUGACCGACCGCUUCUGGCGCAAGCAGCAGAUUCUCAAGCAUGCCCUGCAUUUUCGUGGACGGAAGAACCGUUGUUAUAGCUUGGCAUACCGAGCUGUUCGGAGGGCCUUUGUGUACGCCACCAAGGCCAGAUUGCUCAAAAAGAGAGAUAUGAGGACGCUUUGGGAAACCAGGAUCGAAGCAGCAACGUUGGAACAUGGUAUUAAGUACCAUAAUUUCAUAAGUGGCCUUUAUAAGUGUCAGGUAGAACUGAACCGGAAAUCGCUGGCUGAGCUGGCCAUUUAUGAACCAAAGACAUUCAAAUCUUUAGCUGCUUUGGCGAAAAGAAGAGGGGAAGAAGGACUGCUUGCAGCCCAGGGCGAAGAAAAGGAGCCCGAAGGAAUAUUUUCCCGCCUACUGAAAUAUCCAUGAAGGGAACGCGCUCCCAAGGAGCUUUGCUCAAAUUAAA